AGAUGUUAAGAGAUGGCGCAUAUGGCAAAGAAGGCAAAUCAGUUGAUUACAUUCAAUUCAAACAUGUCGAAGCCCGAGCUGGUUAUCUUUGACACAGAUAUGGGAACAGACGAUGCAUGGGCAUUGUUUAUGUUGCUGAAGGCCGAGAAGAGAUACAAUUUAAAGACAUUAGGAAUAACUAUUGUUCAUGGGAAUACAUCGCUUGAAAAUGCUGCCGAAAAUGCUUUGAGAGUUUUGUCGGCCUCUGAUCGAUUGGACGUUCGGGUGUACAAGGGAGCCGUGGAACCACUGGUCAAGGAAUCUAAGAAAAAUUUCUAUCAUGGCAUAAACGGUUUUGGCGAUGUUGUGCUCCCGACGACGAUUGAUUUAAAUCUCAUUGACUCGGAAAAUGCUGUUAAUUACAUGUAUCGCAUGGUGAAAGAGCAUCCAAAACAAAUAUCUUUGAUUGCUGUUGGUCCGCUAACAAAUGUUGCAUUGGCAAUGAAAAUGUUUCCGGAUUUCGCUGACCUGGUCAAAGAUAUUUGGGUGAUGGGUGGUAACUAUAGCGCCAUUGGAAACUGCAAAUCUGAGUGCGCCGAGUUUAAUUUCUUUUCCGAUCCUGAAGCCGCUUAUGUAGUGUUAAAGAACACGAAGCGGAAAAUAACGAUUGUUCCGUGGGAAGCGUGCAUGCAACAGACCAUCGACAUUUCAAUGGACUACCGAUUCAAUGAACUUGCCAAUAUUAAAAGCUGCGUCACGGAUGUCAUGAAUCCAGUCGAUGAAGCUAUUUACAGGCCAAAAAAUAAGACCCAGUGGAAUCCGUGCGACGCUUUUCUGGUUUCAGUGUUUUUGGAAAAUGUGAAGGCCGUAAAGAGAUCAACUGACUGUUUUGCAACGGUGGAGUGCAACGGCGAAAUGACCAGAGGGCAAGUGGCCAUUUACCAUAUGUCUGGAUCGGAGGAAAAUUUCAACGUAACCAUGAUUGAGGCCGUAAAUACGGAUGUUUGUAGAGAAUUGUUGCGUUGGACAGCUGUUUGGACUGAAGAUUCACCGGAGCUCGGUGACUGACUCUUUAAAUAAAAUACUUUUUACACCUCGAA